GUUUAUCUGUCUCUCCAUCUUUCUUUCAAUCUGUUUAUACUUGUGUCUAUCCACAUUUUCUAAUAAAUGGUAAAGUUUUCUGGUGAAGAGCAGCCAGAUUCCAGUUCCAACAACAUCAUGUGGUCAUCAUCAUGGGCACAGUUGUUACUUGCUUACAGCUAAAGAUGUUUUUACCCACCCAAACACCCACCUUUCUACCCACCACACACACACACACACACACACACACACACCUGUACAGAAGCCCACCUGCUGCUAUUAUCAUCACUGUAAUUAGUGUAUAGAUGCAGGUGUGAAUGAUACACAGACACAAGAUACGUGCAACACACCUGUCCCCUACUUCCAAAUAAGCCAGCACCCAUUACACACACACACACACACACACACUUACACACAGUUCCACAGAAGGACAGCUGGAUUGUGUAUGGUGGUGUUGAGUUCUGGCCUGGCGGGUAAAGCGCCAUUAACUGCAGAGCUGUCCACACUGUGUACCCACAGCACCAUUACGCCUUAAUUAGCUUUUCAUCAACACUGACUGAUGGCUUUAACAUCCUAAAUGGAUGUUCCAUGUAAAAACACACACACACACAAACAUAUGUUCCUUACCUAACACCUGUCUGCUGUUUAGUGAUUGCAGCAGAGAGAUAAAGAGAGCUUUAUAAGAGCGUCUCACACCAUCAGAGAGAGGAACAGUCAGAUUCUGCUGAGGAUCAUCUUCAUCUUUGUUUCGGUGUCCGCUCUCACUGUCCCUGAUGUGUAAGGGCCUCUCGGCUAUACCUUCAUCAUGCCUGGAGAAGGCGAAGGGGAUGCGAGUGAAGUUUCAUCACCUGACAGAGAAGCCUCAUAAAUUUAGAGCUCAUGAAGAGAAGACUGAUCUGGAGUCUCUGCUGAACAGCAAGUCAGGUCUGCAGGCGUUCCACUGGUUCCUGCGCUCCGAGUUCAGCGAGGAGAACCUGGCCUUCUGGUUGGCCUGCCAGGACUACAGAAACUCCCCCGAGAGUAAACUGGCUGAGAAAGCGUCCAGCAUCUUCUCCCAGUUCAUCAACCCAGACGCCCCACAGGAGGUGAAUCUGGACGGUGAGACGCGUGAUGCUCUGAUGAGCGUGAUGGAUGAACCUGAACUCAGUAGCUUUAAUGAAGCUCAGCAGCGGAUCUUCAGUCUGAUGGCUAAAGACUCGUUCCCUCGCUUCCUCCGCUCCCCGUUCUUCCAGCAGGCCAUGUAGAUCUGAGAUAAACACCCUGUAGAGUCGCUUUCCUGCGCAGUUCACUAUAUAAACACUGAUUUAAACAUACUGUAAAAGCACUAAUAAUCUGCUGGCAUAGGUUAGCUAGUGAUGAAUAACUGUGUUACAGCAUGUGAAGUGUUAGCAUCAGUGUUGAUGUAGCACAGAUAGUUCCUUUAUUUUAUUACCUACUGUUGUAUUAGAUUAAAUAUCAUUAAUAAAGAUUAUAAAUAAAAAAA